UAGCUGCUGGACAAUGACAGAAUCAGAGCUGACACAUGCACCGCAUGGCCAGAAAGGACGAACGCGAUCAAGAAAUGACACCUGUGACUGUGACUAACUAACUAUGUACAGGGGAUAUUGUUUUUUCUCUUUUUAUGAAGAAGCACGAGUGAACCAAAGGUAUGCUGAAUAAGAACCACAAUCUGUAAUCCACAAACUAAGAAAACAAGGAACUUAAAUGUACAAAGCAACCAAUCUCCAAUUUUACAUGUCGAGCAUUUCAGAGGAGCUCAACGUCAACUGAAGCAACUAAUACAUGUGAUCGCUUGAAGGACAUCAAUUUUGAGCCAGAUUCUUAGUAACGCUUUAGGGAAAGUGAGUUUCAGAGAAGAUUGUCAACAAAGAGUCCAGACUCCACAAUCUGCAGUCUACACCAAAGAUCAUUGCAAGCUAACGUUGAGACAAAACCAAACAAAAGACACUCCUUUAUUCAUUAAGACCAAAGGUUGCCAUGGAUAUUCUGGGUGGUGCGCCUCGUGUUUUGGGCUACCCACGCACUGUUGUGGCACAGUGUGGAACGGAUGCAACACUAAGAUGCCAAAUUGGUGGAGAUCCUCGUCCGGAUGUAAUCUGGGAACGUAAAAAUGUCCAAAUUUUGUCUGAAGGACGAUAUAAGCUGGCAGAGGAAGGAAAGUUGUACUUGCUAACUAUUAUGGGAGUGACCCAGCAAGAUGCUGGUCAGUACAUCUGCAAGGCUAGAAAUAGCGUAGGUGAGACCUAUGCAGCAGCCUCGCUCAAAGUGGAAGAAGAGCUCCUUGAACAAAAUCAGGAGGUGAUGCAAGCAGGUGGAAAUGUUGAAAAGCAGUCAAAGAAAGUAAAUGAAGAAAUUGGUGGAUAUCUAAAUGGUUACAGUGCUGUAGUAAAUGGUGUGAACGAGGAGAAAAUAAACAAGGAGCAGAGGUGGAACAGUAAGCUAAAUGCAAAGCUAGAGGAAGUUGAUUUAACAGCCAAUGAUAAACCUCGAUUCCUCAUCAAGCCCCUGUCACUGCGAGUGGAUCGAGGAGAGGAUGCAGCUUUCUCAUGCAAAAUCUGGGGCACGCCUUUGCACGAGGUGACUUGGGCGAAAGACGGUAAGAAGCUGAAUGAUAUCUUUGAGAAUUCCCACUUCAGUGUGAGCAGUCAAGAUGGAGGAUGGUUUCAGCUCAAGCUUUACAGGACGCGCAUGUCAGACAAAGGCGUCUACACCUGCAAGGCCGUGAACUGCCAUGGUGAGGCCUUGGCAGGAGCUAUCCUUCUUGUUGAGCCGAUUCCAGAACGAGAAGAGAGUAAAAUGUCAUCAAACAGUCACAACAGCAGCCAGAGGUCACCGAAGCACAGAGGUGGAAGGCUCAGCUUGUCGAGGCUUACAGAGGAGCAGCCUGUCAAUGCGUCCAAAGUCAAAAAGUUUGCAGUAACGGAGGGGAAGCACGCAAAGUUUCGUUGCUUUGUGACGGGUAAGCCAAAACCCGAGAUCAUCUGGAAGAAAGAUGGGGUUUUCCUAGAGCCCGACAGACGCCAUCUGAUAUUUGAAGACAGAGAAGGUUACUACACUUUAAAAGUUUUGUACUCUAAGGUACAGGACACGGGGCUGUACGUGUGUGCUGCAUCAAACGCUCUUGGAAACACUCUUAGCGCCGUUCAUCUGUCGGUGAAAGGUCCGGCCGUGCAGUUCAGGCACCCAUUAAAAGAUGUGGAGGUAAAGGAAAGGGAUGUUGCUGUACUAGAGUGUGAAGUACCUGAUGAGACAAUCCCUGCUUCCUGGUACCUUGAAGACCAGAGGCUGAUUCCCAGCAAUAAAUAUGGAAUGGAGCAGAAAGGAACCAAACGAAGAUUAACCAUCCACGAUGUUGGAACAGAUGAUGAUGGAGUCUACCUUUGUGAGAUGCCUGAUGGAGCAAAGAGCAUCGCUGAAUUAUCAGUUAAAGGUACCAUUUCUUGUAAACUUCCCCGGAAGCUGGAAGUUAUGGAGGGAGAGAAUGCAGUGUUCUGCGUUGAGGUGGGGAAUGAUGACAUGGAAGUUCACUGGUUCAAAGAUGGUUUAAAGCUGCAUGAGACGCACCAAACGAUCCUCAAAUCUUUUGGCAAGACUCACAUCUUGGUCUUUGUCGGUGUGGCCUAUCACGAUUCGGGGGUUGUAACAUUUGUUGCUGGAAGAUCCAAAACUUCAUCACGCCUCAAAGUCAAAGCCACCAGACACUGCCCUCCCAUCUGUCCUCUGGAUGUCAAAAUGGACGUGGACAGACCCAACAGUGCUCUACUCAGCUGGGAGCCCGCCCCCAACAGCCAAACCACCACCCGCUCCAUCUUUGUUCUUGAGAGACAAGAAGUGGGUUCUCAGGAGUGGUCGAAAUGUUUCACCUCGGAGACUAGCACUUUGGCUGAAAUUACUAGUGACAGCGUGCCGUGUGAAGGCAACUACCGCUUCCGCGUUUGCUGCAUCAAUAAGUAUGGACGAAGCGGCCAUGUGGAGUUCCCUAAAGUUAUCCACCUUGUCCCAGGGCCAAAGAUUCUCCGCAGUCUUCAAGGUUGCGAAGUAGUUGAAGGAGACGAUGCACACUUUUUCAUUGAACUGUCUGUCCCAAUGGCUGGAACCUGGUUUUUGAAUAGCUUACAACUGAAGCAUGGUGGACGCUAUUCAAUACAACACAACCAAACAAAGCACUCACUGAUGAUCCAUAAAGCUGAAGCAGCUGAGGACACAGCAGAGCUCACGUUCAUAGCCAACGGGGUCAGAGAUUCAGCGGUGCUUCAGGUUAAACCUGCUGUGGUCAGAUUUGUCCCUCUGUCAGAGUCGGACUGCAACAAAAAAGUGCAAACUGGAAAUGCCAUUGUGCUCUACUGUGAAGUUUCCCAUCCAUUUGCCAAAGUAUCCUGGUGCAAAGAUGGCAAAGAACUUCACGCAAACGAUGAGCUCAGCGUCCAGUCAGAUGGGAAUAUGAGAAGGAUUGUAAUCCAGUCUGCCUAUGCAUCUCAUUCAGGAGUUUAUACAUGUAAAACGACAGCAGAUACUGUCACAUUCAAUGUGGAUGUUGCAGACCCUCCGGUGGAAUUCAGUACGGUCCCAGAUGAAGAACUUCACCGUAGCACCAUGGAGCUGGAUCCAGUAGUUCUGCUCUGCCACAUCUCCAGAGAUGAUGCCGCAGUUAAAUGGUUAAAGGAUGGUUGUGAGAUCCUCCCAAGUGACAACAUUACCCAGCAGGCAGAGGGGACCAUGAGGAGGUUAAUCAUCCGUUCUGUAGAAACGUCAGAUGCAGGAAGUUACACUUGCCAGGCAGGAAACAACAGCAUGGAGUUCACGGUGAAUGUCAAAGAACCUCCAGUGAUGAUUGUGGAACCCAAGAAUGAUGUUGUGAUGGAGCAUUACGUAUCAGAAGAGAUCAACUUGCAGUGUGAGUUAUUUCGUUCUAAUGGAAUGAUACGGUGGUUCAAGGAUGGCCAGGAGGUGAAGGAAACCAGUAACAUUCAGCUUCUGUCAGAGGGUCCUUACAGGAGGCUAACCAUCUUCUGCAGCUCAGUGGAUGAUAGUGGAGAGUAUGUCUGUGAAACGAAUGGAGACUCUGUUUUCUUCCAGCUAACUAUUACAGAGCCACCAAUAAGAAUAAUUUCCCCCAGUGAACCAGAGGUGGAACUGGCACACGUUGCUUCAAAGAGACUGGAGCUCAGUUGUGAGGUCUCUCAAGCAGACGCUCCUGUUCGGUGGUACAAGGAUAGUUUGGAAGUAGAGGAGGGCCCUAACUUGAUCCUGCAACUAGAUGGGGCCAAACGGAAACUACUUAUCCCUUUCACUACAGUGGAUGAUACUGGGGAGUAUAUCUGUGACACUGAAAAUGACUCAGUUACCUUCCUGGUUACUAUUACAGAGCUACCAGUAACACUUAGUCAUUCCGAAAACACCACUGAAAGACUAGAGUGUCUUGUCGGUAAACCAAUUGUUUUAGAGGUUAAGGUAUCGCGGCCAACAGCAGAAGUUAAAUGGCUACUAAAUGGCAAAGAAAUCAAAGAAAGCAGCAAUAUCACUAUCACAGAGGAUAAAAUCAUUCGUCGUCUUACCAUCAGUUCUCCACUUGUAGAAGACUCUGGGAAAUACACCUGUGACGCUAUUGAUGAUCAAAUUGAUUUCCAGAUCAAAGUUUCUGAACCACCUGUGAAGAUCUUAAGAAAGUCAGACAUCAAGACAGACCUAAAGUUCCUGGUUUCAGAUGACAUUGUGCUGGAGUGCGAACUCUCUAGAGCCAAUGGCAAAGCCAAAUGGUACAAGUAUGGGUGUCGCAUUGAUGGUAAUGAAAGGUUUUGUGAGGAGGAAGAGGGUGCUUUCUGCUCCUUGGUGAUCCUUAAUGCUGAACUUGGGGACUCAGGAGAAUAUGUUCUUGAUGUUGAAGAUGACAGUUUCAGCUUCCAGGUUACAGUACAUGAACCCCCAGUGACUAUUGUAGGAAAUUCAUACGACUCUGAUUACCAGGAAUUGGUAGUAGGCGAUGACUUGAUCUUGGCCUGUGAGUUGUCCCGUGCCAAUGCCCCAGUCCAGUGGUACUGUAAUGACAGGCUGCUCACCAAUGACUCCCGUACCUGCAUAGAGACAUUUGGGAUUCUGAGGAAACUUACCAUCUCAAGCAUCCAACUCUCAGAUUCUGGAAAGUACGUGUGUGAUGCCAUGGAUGACAAGAUGAUCAGCAUGGUUAGGGUUCAAGAACAACCAGUGACAUUUGUGAACAAGGAAGAUGACAUUGUAGUGACAGGCUACGAAACAGAGAGCAUAACCAUGACAAGCUACGUGUCCAAGGAAAGUGCUGCUGUGCUUUGGUUGAAAGACUGGACACCAGUGGAAGGUGAACGCUUCCUAGCACACAUGGAAGGCUGUAAACACACUUUAACCAUUGAGCCAUUGAGGCGCUCUGAUGCUGGCGAAUACACGUGUGAUGCCAAUACAGACCAGAUACGCUUCAGUCUACUGGUGAAAGAAAUGAGAAUAAAGUUUGUACGGCCCCUCCAAGACACUCUGGCUCAUGCUGAUGGCAUGGUGACUCUGCGUUGUGAGGUGUGCAAACCAAAAGCAGAUGUCCAGUGGCUCAAGAAUGGUGUAGAAGUGGUCCCAAGUAGGAGAUUCUCCAUUCGAGCAGAUGGAGUUGAGCGAAGCUUGACCAUCCACCGGUUAACUCAACAGGAUGCAGGGGAGUAUACCUGUGAGUCCAGAGAUGACUGUACCACUGCAACACUGAGAGUAGAGAUGCCUCGAGUUAUUGAAUUUCUCACUGAGCUUCAUAACACUACCGUACUGGAAGGCGAAGAUGCCACCUUCAAGUGUGUAGUCUCUCCUGAGGAUGUUCACUUUAUUUGGCUCAUGGACAAUGAACCUAUUAACUUGAACAAUCAUUUCCAAGCAACCCAGAAUGGCUUGUGCCACACUUUAGUUAUCAAAAAGUGCCAAAUUCUGGACUCCUCAAAGAUUACGGCAGAAGCUGAAGGAAAGACGAGCAGAGCCAGUCUCAAAGUUCAGGAGGCUCAAGUCAUGUUUACGAAAAAAAUGGAGGCUGUUACAGCAGAAGAGUUUGGUGAGGCUACCUUAGAAACAGAAAUCAGCUUGGAGACAGGUGAGGUCCAAUGGAUGAGGCAAGGGGUGGUCAUCCAGUCUGGUCCCCGUCAUACACUGGCCCAGAAUGGCUGUAAACGCAGCCUAACGAUCUACAACCUGACUUUGUCGGACCGAGGAACUUACCGCUGUGAGACUCUGCAUGACCGGACGCAAGUCAAGCUUAAUGUAGAAUCUCGAAAGAUUGCCAUCUGCAAAGGCCUAACGGACCAGGAAACCUUUGAACGAGAGACUGCAUCCUUUGAGGUGGAGCUCUCCCACACAGAGGUGGAAGGUAUUUGGCAGAAGAAUGGCAUCCGAGUAAAGCCAAACAACCAAUUUCGAGUGAGCGCCAAUGGGCUGGUACAUGGCCUCACCUUGUCUAACUUGACUCUGGAGGACACAGGCACCAUCGUCUUUUCAGCUGAAGGAGUGCGCACCACAGCAAGACUCACAGUCAAAGAGACACCUGUGUCUAUCCUGAAACCACUAACGGAUGUUCGUGUGGAGGAGGAAUUUCCUGCCACUCUGGAGUGUGAAUUCUCCAGACAAAAUGUGGAGGUCAAAUGGCUUAAGAACGGGGUCGAGCUAAGGCCAGACAAGAACGUUCGGAUCUACUCUAUGGGUCGAAAGAGGUUCUGUCAGAUCCUUCAAUGUACCCGAGCUGAUUCAGGUUUCUACAAAUGUGACACAGGAGAAAUCAACACUUCAUGUGCUCUGGAGAUUUAUGAGCACAAGCUGGAGAUAGUGCAGGAUCUGGAAGAUCUUUACAUCCAGGAAGAGCAGAAUGCUGUCUUUAUGUGUGAGGUUUCUCUGGAGGAUGUGACUGGGGAGUGGUACAAGAAUGGUCACAAGAUCCGGCCCAGCAGCACCACAAAGAUCCGUACUGAAGGGACCAAACACUUCCUAUUGAUGUGCAACAUUAAAGCCGAAGAUGCUGGAGAAAUCCGCUUCAGCUCCAGGGAUGUUGAAUCAACAGCUUACCUUGAGGUAGAAGAGCUUCCAGUUUCCAUCGUAAGACCACUGCGAGACAAAACAGCCCUGGAGAAACACCGUGUUAUCCUUGAAUGCACCAUUUCUUCCCCCCACUGCAACGCCACGUGGUACAAAGACAAACAGGAGCUGUUUUUUUCAGACCGGAUAGAGAUCACGGCUGACGGUUGCACUCAUAAACUGGUAAUCCACCAGGUAGCUGUGGAGGAUGAGGGCACCUACAGUUUUGAGGUUGGAGACCACACCUCCAAAGCAAAACUAAUGGUUGAAGCCCAGGCUCUUGUGAUGGUAAGAGAGCUAGAGGACGUUGAGGUGACAGAACAAGAAACUGCUUCUUUCCAGUGUGAGGUCUCUGUUGCCAUUUCCAAGCCUCCAGUCUGGACCUUGAACGGUGCAACUCUUCAUCCAGGCCCUUCUGUUCGAAUGGACGACCACGGAACGGUCCAAAAGCUCACCCUGAGGGACACCAGCGUGGACAUGAGCGGGACAGUCAAGUUUACCUUAGGCAAAGCAAAAAGCAGCGCCAUGCUAACGAUAAUUGGAAAGUAGAGAAAAUCACCCUAAAAAAUCUCCAUGUUCUUGUUUGAAUUUUGUUUAAAUUGUAACUUUCAGCAGAGCUAAACAAACUGGAUAUUUAUGUCAGUCAAGAUA